UGUAAUAUUGGUAGCCAUUGUAACAAUAGAGUCCUCUACAUAGGCCACAUUCUCUAGUUUAGUGGGUGCUUGGUGGCCAUAGAGGUUUACCACCAAUAUGAGUGGCAACACUUGACAAUAGCCACCGAAUGAAAAGGGUGGCUUAUAGCCAAAUUUUUAGUAGUGCAAAUACCCUAAACCUAUAGCUAUAUGUGUGUGUGUGUGUGUGUGUAUUGCUACUUCAUCGGAUUAUAUAUUGUUCUUCUCCCUAGCAUGUUAACAGUAUAGUUAUAUCAGCAACCUGCAGGUUCUUGAAUCUUUACAUCAACUUAUCUGAAUCUAUAAACAUGGAUGCUUGUACCCCUAACAAGCGAAAGGUACUGAAUUUGAUCUAUAUACGCGGUUUUGAUUUAUGGGUUAUAACGGAGGAAAAUAAACUCUGAACUUAGCAUAAUCCUUACGCAUUUCUACACGCACUCUCACCACUUUCCUUGGACGUAGCAUAAUCCUAUCCCGUUUCUGCAUGCACCAUCACCGCUUGAGUUAACCCCCACGGACUCUUCGUGACCUAGGGUUGAAUAAUUUAUGAGAUCGUUUGAUGAUUUUGCUUUUGUAUUAUGGCUGAUGAUCGUGACCAGGUUGUAGACAGUGUUCAAGAAGACUUGCAACGUUUGAGGAAAGAGAAUGAAACCCUAAGAGUCCUGCUUCAACACUUGACCACCAAGCGCUCAACACUUGAGCAGCAGCAGCUGCGCCAAAUGCAUAUCCAACAACAACCGUGUGAUCAUCGAUAUAUCAUGACCACGAAUAUCAACAGCGCGAUUACGAGCAAGAGACAGAGAACUGAUGAGCAUCCCGAUCAGUUUCCGGCAUACCACAAUAAGACAUCACAGUUCCUAGUGAAAUCCGAUUCUAAAGACAACAGCCUUAUUGUGAAGGAUGGAUAUCAAUGGAGGAAAUAUGGACAAAAGGUCACCAAAGACAACCCUUCAUCCCCUCGAGCUUAUUUCAGGAGUUCCUUCGCUCCUCGAUGCCCUGUCAAAAAGAAGGUACAGAGGUGCAUAGAGGAUGAUUCCUUCCUCGUGGCAACAUACGAAGGAGAGCACAACCACGAAGCCAUCAAUGAUUCUGUACCAUUUGGACAAUUUUCAUGUUCACAUAAGAACAUAAUUGUGCCCGUUAAUUUUCCUUCAAGUGGUAUCAGAACUAAUAAUGACGUGAUUAAUAUAAGUCCCUCUCCGCCGGAGCCUGUAACGCUGGAUCUUAGUCUCUCGGGAUCCAGUAAUCAAGAAAAUGGAGGUUUGGGAAGCCCUCAAAGCAUGGUUAGCCCCGGAAGAGUUGAGGAUCACGUUGCUUCUUUAACCAAGGAUCCUAAUUUCACACAAACUUUAGUUGCUGCAGUUGCACGUUCGAUUGCAAGACCUGCAAAUAGACCAAAUUCAUAGAUUGGAGCGGAUAACUCCUUAUAGUCAAGAUACGUAGAAGAAAGAAAUGAAGCAAAUUUGUCAAACUUGACGGUCGAAGACGGACAACGCAUUAAUAAAGCUUAUCAUUUAAAAUUCCCACGAAAUGAUGAGUUUCCUUCGUGUCUUAUCCCUUUCGAUCACCUCAAAAUGAAAAAUCAUUCAUCUUUACUUUUCAACAUACAUUGUAUUUUGUAAGUUAUCUGCUGCAAUUCAACCAUAAUUAUUAAUUAAACGAGCAGUAUUAAUAUUGAAA